CUCGGAGCCUCACAAGUCACAACCACCGUAUCUCGCUGCUUCUCCGCCGAGCCGAUCACGAGCAGCAACUAGUUGAGAUCAAGCCGUCGCCGUCGCCGUAUUCUUCUUCCUCUCCGACAGGAGGAGGAGCGGCCGGAAACCUCGGGAAGAGCUGGCCAACCUGGAUCAGCUGGAGGGCGGCGCCGCCUCCCUGCGCGGGCACGAGACCGAGGAGCAGCGCAACAAAUUCCUCGUGCUCCGCCUCUACGAGGCGCUCAACGGCCGCGACCACGCCGCCGUGCACUCCCUCCUCGCCCCCGACCUCGAGUGGUGGUUCCAUGGCCCGCCCACGCACCAGCACAUGAUGCGCCUCCUCACCGGCUCCAGCUCCCCGUCCUCCUCCUCCUCCUUCCGCUUCCAGCCGCGCUCCGUCGACGCCUUCGGCUCCACCGUCAUCGCCGAGGGCGUCGACGACAAGGCCAAGGCGUACUGGGUGCACGCCUGGACCGUGGGUGCCGAUGGGGUGAUCACCCAGCUGCGCGAGUACUUCAACACCGACCUCACCGUCACGCGCCUCGCCGCCGCCGCCGCGUCCAAGUGCGUCUGGCAGAGCCGCCGCCCCGACCGCGCCCGCAACUCCCUCCCGGGCCUCGUCCUCGCCCUCUAACUGCGGAAAGCAAUGUACUCCUACUGUGUAGGUUUUUUAUUGUGGGAUUACUUACCACAUUUCCGCACGUCUCGUGGACAGAAUGAUGAAUUGGUAAAUUCCCUUUGUGUGAAGGGUGAGUAAAGUCGCACACUUGCAAGUUUUCAACGAUUUCGAAAUUUCUAGAUGAAGCGCAAAACCUUCCGUCCGGGUUUUCAUUGUCCUAUAGACUAUAGCUAUAAUAAGACAGCGCGACCCACUAGUGCAUGAUGUGUGUGUAUUUAUGCCGAUUUCAUAUGGCUGAUCGAAAGCACUCAUCGUUUUGCUUUUGCCUCCA